GAAAACGAAAAUGAUGGGUUGAAGACGUAAAUUAAGAUGAUGACAUGAAAGAAGCAUGAGCUGUGUAUGUGUACGGUGUAGGAAAGGAGGUCAUUCAAAGCGCAACAACCAGUCGGUUCAGUUUUCAAAACCGAACCUACCACUUAUCACUCUAACGACUCCCACUACUCCGAGCAGCUAAUUUGCUUGCCCCCGACACAACCGCCGGAAUGGAGACGCCGUUGAUCGACGGGGAUGGGGACUACUCGCCGGCCAGGACCGUGGCGGAGGUGCGCCGGGUGUUCUGCAGAGAGACGGUGAAGAUGUGGAAGAUAGCGGGGCCCAUUGCUUUCAACAUUUUGUGCCAGUUCGGGACCAACUCCGUCACCAACAUCUUCGUCGGCCACAUGGGAGAUAUCGAGCUCUCUGCCGUCGCUAUCGCUCUCUCCGUCGUUGGCACCUUCUCCUUCGGCUUCAUGCUUGGAAUGGGGAGUGCCCUUGAGACGCUUUGUGGCCAAGCUUUUGGUGCUGGACAAGUUUACCUGCUGGGUGUUUACAUGCAACGUUCAUGGAUAAUCCUAUGGGUCUCCUGCAUCAUUCUCUUGCCAAUUUACGUAUUUGCUACCCCAAUUCUAAAGCUUCUUGGGCAAGCAGAUGAGAUAGCUGAUCUUGCGGGAGAAUUCACCAUACUAAUCAUUCCUCAGUUGUUCUCACUUGCCAUCAACUUCCCCACCUCGAAGUUCCUCCAGGCCCAGAGCAAGGUUACUGUGCUCGCUUGGAUUGGGUUUGUGGCUCUAAUCAUACACGUUGGGCUGCUUUGGCUCUUCAUAUAUGUAUUCGAUUGGGGGUUAACUGGUGCAGCCGUAGCAUUUAAUAUCACAGGUUGGGAGAUCGCCGUGGCUCAGGUUGUGUAUGUUACAGUUUGGUGCAACGAAGGCUGGACUGGACUGUCCUGGACGGCAUUCAACGAUAUAUGGGCCUUUGUUAGGCUCUCCCUUGCAUCAGCGGUUAUGCUUUGCCUAGAGAUUUGGUAUAUGAUGAGCAUAAUCAUUCUAACUGGCCACCUUGAUAAUGCCAUCAUUGCUGUUGAUUCCCUCUCUAUUUGCAUGAAUUUCAACGGGUGGGAAGCAAUGUUGUUCAUUGGAAUAAAUGCAGCUAUAAGUGUUCGAGUUUCUAAUGAACUUGGAUUAGGACAUCCAAGAGCUGCCAAAUACUCUGUUUAUGUGACAGUCUUUCAGUCCCUACUCCUGGGGAUCUUUUUCAUGGUGGUUAUCCUGAUUACCAAGGACUAUUUUGCCAUCAUUUUCACAAGCAGUGUAGAGUUACGACAAGCUGUCUCUAAACUAGCAUUCCUUCUUGGUGUGACCAUGGUUCUUAAUAGUGUUCAGCCUGUGAUUUCAGGCGUUGCUAUUGGAGGUGGGUGGCAAGCAUUGGUGGCUUAUAUCAACUUGGGUAGUUAUUACAUUUUCGGGCUUCCACUUGGAUACCUUCUUGGUUACAAAGCAAAUUUGGGAGUAGCGGGACUUUGGGGGGGCAUGAUAUGUGGAACUGCUCUACAAACUUUGCUUCUCGUGAUUGUACUAUCUAGAACCAACUGGAACAAGGAGGUUGAACAAACGUCAGACCGCAUGAGGAAGUGGGGUGGCCAAGACAUCAAAAUCGAGAAGAUAGAUGAGAACGUGUGAAGUUGCUGAUUAGAAAUCUGGCCAACUAUUUUUUUGAGUGCCUUAACUGGUCCCAAAUAAACUAGUACAAUUUUCAAAUAAGCCUCAAUUUUGAGCUGAAGAUAGCAGCGAAAACAUCGAUAAUUGGAGAUGCAUGUUUGAAUGUAGGCCUCAUCAUAAGCUCUCAGCUAACUCUGCUGAUUCUGCUAAAGAUUUACAUUUUUAUGAACAGAUUCUGUAUCAAUUGCUCCUA